AUGGCGUCUCAGCAUUCGAGGCGCUCACGCGACCCCUCCCGUCCAGAAAUGUCCAUCGGUCGCUAUACACGGCUGGAUGAGAUCGGGAGAGGAAGCUUCGCGACAGUCUACCAGGGCGUGCACACAAAAACUCGAACCUACGUAGCCAUCAAGUCUGUGAACCUCUCGAAGCUCAACAAAAAGCUCAAGGACAACCUUUCAUCCGAGAUCGAUAUCCUCAAAGGCCUCCAUCAUCCUCAUAUUGUGGCUCUUAUCGACUGCCAUGAAUCGACAUCUCACAUCCACUUGGUUAUGGAAUACUGCGCGCUGGGGGACUUGUCGUUGUUCAUUAAGCGCCGGGAUACCCUUGCAACACAUCGAUACACGCGAGACAUGAUUGCCAAAUACCCAAAUCCGCCUGGCGGCUCCCUCAAUGAGGUGGUGACUCGGCAUUUCCUCAAGCAGCUUUCAAGUGCGCUCAAAUUCCUUCGAGACCGAAACCUUAUCCAUCGAGACAUCAAGCCUCAAAACCUUCUCCUUUGUCCCUCUCCAUCAUCUUACCGGAGUGGAGCUGCACAAGUGAUUCCCUACAAGGGCAGUGAUGACUCCUAUGAACCUACAACCGGAAUCGAGUCACUACCAAUGCUCAAGAUUGCGGAUUUCGGCUUCGCUCGAUCUCUACCAGCUACCUCGCUGGCAGAGACCCUUUGUGGCUCCCCGCUGUACAUGGCACCUGAGAUACUUCGGUAUGAGAAGUAUGAUGCGAAGGCCGAUUUGUGGUCUGUAGGCACUGUGCUCUACGAGAUGGUAGUUGGCCGACCCCCGUUCCGGGCCACUAACCAUGUAGAACUGCUACGGAAGAUUGAAAAGGGCGAGGAUCGGAUUCGCUUCCCUGAAGAGAAUCCAGCCUCGGAUGACAUCAAAAAGCUAAUUCGGGGUCUUUUGAAGCGGAACCCGGUGGAGCGGUUGAACUUCCCUGAUUUCUUCAAUAACAAUGUGAUCAACAAUCCCAUUCCUGGGUUGGUGGCCGAUGAUAUUCCUGGAGCUCGUCGACCUUCCCUUGAUACUUCUGGACCAUCUCAAUCGCCCCGGCCAGCUCAGCUUGAAACGAAGGCCGAGGAGUCUCCCUUAUGA